AUCAUCACAACAAACCAUCACAGUGGAUAGUAUUCUCUACAAUAACACCCCCAAAUUUCCUCCAUUUUUAGCACAUCCUUUUUUUUUCCUCAAAAAGCACUUUUUUUCCUUUAAAUAAAUUUUUUUAGAAAACCACACCCACAUACUAAAAGUGAACAAAAAUGAGUCUUGCAAAUCCCACAAAUUUGUUCUAUGGAGCCCCCACCAGAUCUAACAGAACCUCACUUUACCCGACCCGAAAAGGUCAACCCAUUUUCCCAACCCGUUCAUCUUCCUCUUCAUUCACUACAAUCUCUUCAGUUUUAACCAAACAACAACAACAAUCAAAUCCACCAGAAAACAAGUUCGAAAAAACCCAUUUCGAAACACCAUUCGAUUUCAAUUCUUACAUGAUAGAAAAGGCAAAUUCGGUAAACAAAGCCUUAAACGACGCCGUUCCGUUAAGAAACCCGACAAAAAUCCACGAAUCCAUGCGGUAUUCAUUACUCGCAGGUGGGAAACGUGUUAGACCAAUGUUAUGUAUUGCAGCCUGCGAACUUGUCGGAGGAACCGAGGCAACCGCGAUGCCUGCCGCAUGUGCUGUCGAAAUGAUUCACACUAUGUCUUUAAUGCAUGAUGAUCUUCCGUGUAUGGAUAACGACGAUUUUCGUCGCGGAAAACCAACAAAUCAUAUUGUGUACGGUGAAGAAAUCGCGAUUUUAAGCGGAGAUGCUUUGUUGUCAUUUUCAUUCGAACAUAUAGCAACAGCGACACAAGGUGUAUCUAUAGACCGAGUCCUUCGGUCUAUAGCUGAGUUAGCUAAAUGUGUCGGGUCGGAAGGGUUGGUUGCGGGUCAAGUAGUGGAUAUAUGUUCUGAAGGACAAGAUGUCGGGUUAGACCAAUUGGAGUUUAUUCAUUUGCACAAAACCGCGGCUUUACUUGAAGCCUCGGUGGUUAUUGGUGCGGUUUUGGGAGGUGGUACGGAUCAAGAAGUUGAAAAGUUGAGAAAAUUCGCGAGGUCGAUUGGGUUAUUGUUUCAAGUGGUUGAUGAUAUUCUUGACGUGACAAAAUCUUCGGAAGAAUUGGGGAAAACCGCGGGUAAAGAUUUGUUGACGGAUAAAACUACGUAUCCUAAGUUGUUAGGACUAGAAAAAUCGAGGGAGUUUGCUGAGAGAUUGAAUAAGGAAGCGAAAGAACAGUUGGUUGAGUUUGAUCAACGGAAGGCACAGCCGUUGAUUGCACUUGCUAAUUAUAUUGCAUAUAGGGAAAAUUGAUCAUAUAUAAAGUUGUUGUAUUGGUUGUAAUUGUUGAGAUGUUUGAUUUGUCAAUGUCAAUUUCAAAAUGUGUAAUGACAUAGUGUUAAUUAAUGAUUUGAAUUGACAAUGUUAUAAGAUACUA